UGAACAUAGUCUAUUUUUCCCUUCGCAAAUGUGAAAGAAAUAUGUUUAAAGGUUGAACCGUUGAAGAGAAGGUAGCGGAAAAGUAAAAAAAUAAUAAUGCCAUUCCCAAGGGAUUAUUCUGCAAAUUUUCUACAUAGGUACACGUAUACCAUCUGGCAUUCUCCAACGGAUACUUCUGGAAGCUUCCAGCGGUUACAGCUGCCGCCACCGCAGAAAACCGCGCGGAUACUUUCAACCUGCCGUCCCUCGUCUUCGCUCCGCCGCCGCCAUCGUGGUUACUCAUCUUCGUUUCCAAGCGUAGCCAUGGAGCUCGAUCUCCCGCCGCAACAGGUCCCGGCGCUUACCGACCUCGCCGCCGCCGUCCACCGCGCCGCGGCGGCCGCUACCGCGCUCUCCACGCCAUCUCCGUCCUCCCACGCCGCCGCGGCGGUGGCCGCCCUCCGCGAUGCCCACGCCGCCAUCGGCUCCUUCCUCUCCAGGCUCGACGCGGCCGCCGCCUCGUCCUUCGACGAUCAGCCGAUGGCGGAAGGCGGCGAGGAGCUGGAGGUGAACGGGGAGGAGGAGCACAUGGUCGGGGAAGUAGAGGAGGGACUUCGGGACUGUGUCCUGCAGGGGAGCAAGCGGCGGAAGCGGCCCGUGCCGCCGUCGUGGCCCCUAGGACGCCGCACGAGCGGCGGUUGCGAGGCGGCGGAGGCUGCCGCGCCGCCGGUGCUGGACGUCGAGGGGCGGCGGCGCGCGGCCAUGGAUCUACUGCUACAGUUCCAUGCUUGAUGCGUAGGAGGACGGAAUGGUUUUGAACAAAUCAUUGAUUACUGGCGGGAGCGAAAGUUUUCUGACGUUUGAAACUCGUGGGCCAUCCUGUUCUUCACGGAGAUGCAGGCAAUCAGACAGGCAGAGAGUAGGCAACAUUAUCCCACAGUGGGGACGCUUUGGGAUCGGGAUGGAGAAAGGGAGAUGCUACUUCAGCCGAACUGUUUUCAGCUACUAGUGGGAUUUAGGAAGUUUUGAUUCCCAAUAAAGGGCCUGAUCAUCUUUGUUCUCAGUUCCGCUGAACGGAGUACUGUCUAUACAGCAGUAGUAGCAUAGUACGGGUGUAAACUUUAAUACCUAUCAUAUCAGAUGUUUAAUACUAAUUAGGAGUAUUAAACAUAUGGAAUCUAAUUCACAAGAUGAAUAUAUUAAGCCUUAGUUCA